AUGACUUCUGUCGAACCAGCACGGCCAUGCUUAACAUCUAACGAUGCCGCCGUUCUCCAAGCACUAUUCGAUGCCGAGUCUUCUCCAUCGUCCGGCAUCACCGUUGACCCUCUGCUUCCUUCAUGGCCCGCAAAAGUGAACGUCUCUCGCGGAGACCUCGAGACGCUCAAGCGCCGCGAGACAGAUAUAGUUCGCAAGCUGCAAACCAACGAAACACCAAGUCGAGAGAAUGUCCAAUCAGCUCUAGACGAGCUAGACUCUCUCAUUAGCAAUUAUCCAACCUACCCAUCCACAUACACAAACCGCGCCCAGGCACUGCGUAUCCUGGUAGACAUCGAAUACAACGAACGCCUUAAACACACCAUCAACCACCCCUACGGCUUCGAAAUCAAUGCCGACGAUGCAUUAUUCGCUCCAGAAGCCGCUUCUCUAUCUUCUCAAAUAUUCGCAGACCUAGGCCAGGCCAUCUCUCUCGCCACCCCCGAUUCCCCUGCAGAUCCAUUGUCCUCAGUCCAAGCGCGCCUACUAUCAGACGCGCAUACUCAUCGUGGAUACUUGUUAUUGAAGUCCGCGCGUGUGAAGAAGGAGCGGGCCGGAACAGAUGACGUUGGUGGUCCAGAGAGUCUGCGUGGACUCAGUGCAGAUCGUCUCGAGGAGAUGGCGAGUCAUGAUUUCUUCCUUGGUGGUAGAUAUGGUAAUAAGGUCGCGCAGCAGCUCGCUGUGCAGACGAAUCCGUAUGCGAAGAUGUGUGGAGCGAUCGUGAAGGAGGCGAUGAGAAAGGAAGUCGAGCGUUGA